AUGGAUUUUGAUCAAGUAAAUGCAGUUGCUAGCCCAGAGCCUCACCAAAUAGCUCACCAGGAUGUUCUGCGAGAUACUACACAGCGUAAACAAGUAACCAAGCCCACUGCACAAGUGGAAAUACUCGAUUUGGAAGAAUUGAAGGACUACCAAGGACGCAAGAGAACCGAGUUUGAAAAUGUACUAAAAGUGAAAAGACUAGAUGUCAAACAGUGGAUCCGAUACGCUCAAUUUGAGGUUCAGCAGCAUGAUCUGCGAAGGGCCCGAUCUGUGUUUGAAAGGGCUCUUUUGGUGAACAAUAGCUAUGUGCCCUUAUGGCUGAGGUACAUCGACUGUGAAUUAAAGGCCAAAAACGUAAACCAUUCUAGAAACUUGCUGGAACGAGCUACAAACCUACUUCCUCGCAUUGACAAGCUGUGGCUGAAAUAUGUGAUAGUAGAGGAGUCUUUGGGCAAUAUCGUCCUAGUACGAAGACUGUUCAGUAAAUGGUGCUCUUUACAACCGGGCAAAAAUGCGUUCGACGCCUUUGUCGAUUUUGAAAUCCGGUACCUCGAAUUUGAUAACGCACGCAGAGUUUAUGGUCAGUACGUUUUGGUGUACCCAGGCGUCGAAACAUGGCUCAAAUGGGUAAAGUUUGAGAAGAAGCAUGGAACAACCAACACUAUACGUCAAGCGUACUCUCUAGCAUUAGACACACUGGCGUUGUAUCCAGCAACUUCGGAUCAGGACAUCGCCAGCAUUAUUGGUGCUUUUGCGGAAUGGGAGGCCAGUCAACAGGAAAAGGAGCGUGCAACUACACUGUAUCACUUGGCACUCGAAAAAUGGCCCAAAAACGAGUUUCUGAUCUCAGGACGAGUGACCUUUGAAAAAAUGUACAAUAUGAGCUCUAAUCUUGACGAGUCUAUUGCUGAAAAGCGAAGAAGAGAAUAUAAAGCUGCCCUUGUCAGGAACUCUAGAGAUUACGAUCUAUGGUGGCUUUACCUCGAUUUACUCACAGAGCAUUAUCCUAACGAACUGGCUGAAGAGCUGGAAAAGUCUAUAUUGGGGAAUGCUCCUGAGGAUCAAGAUAAAAGCCUUGGCUGGCGCAGGUACGUGUAUCUAUGGAUUCGGGUGCUGACCUACUUCGAACUACAAUUGGGCAAUAUAACGAAAACUCGAGAUCUGUUUAAUAGACUAACGAAGGAAGUCUUACCGAACAAGCAGUUCACGUUCGCUAAAAUUUGGACUAUGUAUGCCAAAUUUGAGCUACGACAGGGAAACCUAACGACUGCACGGAAACUUUUAGGGAGUGCGCUAGGAAUAUGCCCGAAAAGAAAGCUUUACAAAGAUUACAUUGGACUCGAAAUCCAGUUGAAAGAUUUCGAUCGCGUUAGGAAAAUAUAUGAACAGUUCAUUGCUUAUGAUCCUUUGCUCAUUACGACGUGGUUUGACUACGCUGAACUCGAAGAGAAUUUAGGUGAUGAAGAACGAGCUCGAGCUAUCUACCAUUUGGCUGCAUCAAGCGAUAUUGGUCUCGAUGCUGAGAAACGUUAUGAAGUAAUGAAGAGACUAAUUGAAUAUGAGUCUGGAGAGGGUGAAUAUGGAAGGGCCUUGAGCGCCUACAAAGAGCUAUUAGAAAUGAGCUCAUACGACCCACAUGUCUGGAUAGAAAUGGCUCUCUACCAUAGCUCUAUACCCACCGAAGAGCAACUUGCUGAGGGCUCAGAGUCUUCCUCGUCAUUCGACCCAGGAAGCGGGUUAGAAGUCACGGAUGAACACAAGCUAAAUACGAGGCAAACUUUUGAGGACGCACUUAAACAUUAUGCAAACAGCAAUCAAAAGCGGGAAAGAGAGUCUGUGUUGAGAGCUUUGAGUGACUAUGAGAAUGUACACGGCACUUUCGAUACACAACGGAAAGUUAAAGAACGACUACCGCUGUUGAAGUAUAAAACGAAAUCUGAAGGCGGCGUUGAAGUUGAGUACGCUGAUUUGGAAUUUCCCGAGGACACGAACAAGCCUGCGGAUUCGGACAAAAGAUCGAAGCUCUUGGCCAUGGCACAAAAGUGGCAAAAGAAGAAGAAGCCUGUAUAG